UGCGAACGAGAGUUGUUGCCAUACAACUUACGGCCAGUUAAAUUCGUUUAGUCGUUGAGUAACUUUUGAGAAGUAAACAAGAGACUAGAGACUGGAGACUAGAGACAAGCUACAUACAUACAUACGUGUAUAUAAGUAAAAUAAAGUGAAUAUUCAAGAGAAAUUAAUAUAAUUGUAUAAUUUGAAUUCACCAAAGCAGUCCAAUGGAUUACAAACCUACACCCACUGUAGUGCCCGCCGCACCAUUUGACGUUUCCGCCGAUGCACAGGCAUUGCGCGCCGCCAUGAAGGGACUCGGCACGGAUGAGGAGGAGAUCAUUAAUCUACUUGCGGCGCGCACUAAUUCCCAACGGCAACAAAUUAAGGCGCAAUUCGAAACGGAAUUCGGGCGUGACUUAGUCGAAGACUUGAAGAGUGAGCUGGGUGGCAAACUUGAAGAUGUAAUUGUGGCCUUAAUGACACCACCGGUUGAGUAUUUAUGUAAGCAAUUGCAUGAGGCUAUGGCUGGUAUGGGUACCGAUGAGGAGACACUUGUCGAAAUACUCUGUACAAAAACGAAUGAAGAAAUGCAGGAAAUAGUAGCAGCUUAUGAAGCCAAGUAUGAUCGUCCGUUGGCGGAGCAAAUGUGUAGUGAAACUUCUGGUCAUUUUCGGCGUCUACUGACACUCAUCGUCACCGGUGUACGCGAUGCUGUGGGUAGUGUUGAUGCCGCACAAGCGCGCGAAGAUGCUGAAGCGCUGUAUGCGGCGGGUGAGGCUAAACUCGGUACCGAUGAGGAGGUAUUCAAUCGUAUUAUGUCACAUAGCAGUUUCGCCCAACUGCGGCUCAUCUUUGAGGAAUACAAACAACUGUCGGGUCAAACUAUUGAACAGGCUAUCAAGCAUGAGAUGGAUGGCGGUUUGCACGAUGCAAUGAUUGCGAUUGUUGAAUGCGUACAGGCACCGGCGGCAUUUUUUGCUAAUCGCAUAUACCAUGCCAUGGAAGGUAUGGGCACAAAUGAUGCUGCUCUCAUUCGCAUAAUUGUUAGUCGCUCUGAAAUCGAUUUGGGUACAAUUAAGGAUGAGUUCGAACGUAUUUACGAUCGCACUUUAUACAGCGCUGUUGUGGAUUCGGAAACAUCUGGUGAUUAUAAAAAUGCCUUAACCGCACUUUUGGGUGGACAUUAAGCUUUGCUACAGUUACCGUUAAAAACUCCUCUUACCAACCAUAAGGUUAACCCAGGCAUAUGUUAAAAAUAAAAUAUUAUAUUUGUUAAGUAUAUAUAUGUAUGUAUGCGUAAAAUUA